AUGAAUUGGUCUUUGAUCAUUCUUGGCUUGGUUGCCAUUUCAAGCGUAGCUAUUGCUGAAAAUUCAUAUCUCAUUAUCGUACCUAAACUCUUUAAAGUUGGAUACGAAAAUCAACUUUCAAUCUUCAUUGGUGCUGAAAAGCAACCAGUUGAUGUUAAAUUUGAAUUAACCGUUGGUCAACAUCGUAUUCAAGGUUUAACCACAGUUAAAGCCGGUGAAACACGCAAUGCAACAUUAGCUCUUCCUAUGGAAUUUCCAGUUGGUCCCGCUGAAUUAACAAUCAUCGGAACUGGUGGUAUUACCUUCGAAGAAAAACGUGACAUCAUUGUCUAUGACAAUCGUUAUGUUGUACUUGUACAAACAUCAGCAUCCACCUAUCGUCCAGAAGAUGAAAUGGAAAUCCGUGUUGUUGUUACUGAUGAAAAACUCAUGCCAGUUGACAACCUCGAAGUCCUCAUCGAAGUUUUUGAUGCUAAUCUUAAACUCGUUGGUGAUAUUCCAAGCAUCCCAGUUCGUUCAGGUCUUACUGAAACCUACCGAUUUCCAAUUGGUCGUCACUGUAACAUUGGUACAUGGCUUGUAUCUGCUACUGUUGCUAACACAACAUCAUCAAUUGAAGUACUUGUUGCUGAACCAGCUACACCAUCAUUUGAUCUUAAAGCUAUCUUCCAACGAUUUCUUCUUCGUACAGAUAAAACACUUCGUGGUGUUGUUGAAAUCGAUGGUGAUAACAAUGAACCAAUUUUUGGCCGUGCUAUCAUUGCUGUUGGUGCAAUCACUGAACAAGAUGCCGAAACUAUGAUGAAAGAACAAAAAGAAAAAAUGGAAGUUUCACGAAAAGAUUCAUCAAAACAAGAACAAAAACCAUUAUCCGAAGAAUGGCGCAAAUGGAAAUCAGAAAAAUUCGAAAUUGCUGGUCGUGUUGAAAUCAACUUUGAUCUUUUAUCAAAAUUCGAAAUUGAUGUAACAAAAGUACUUGCUGUUCAAGUCUACAUCCAAGUAACUGAACUUGCAUCAGGUCAAGAACGUUUCAUUCAACACAUCAUCCCUGUAUUUACACGUGAUGUUGUUUAUGAUAUUCGUCCUCUUGAAUUCGUUGCUGGUAUUGAAAAUGAAUUUGAAGUUAUUGCUAAACGCCCAGAUGGUAAACCAGCAAAAAUGGAAGAUUUAAUUGUCAGCAUUACAAUGAUGAUGGGUAACGAACAAGGCAAAUUCCAAGACGAAAAAGUAGUUGAAAUUAAAGAUUUCUAUACACGUGGUCGCAAUGAUAUUGGUUUCUUCAACAUUGAAAUUCCAUCAAAAUGUAUUGGUGUUCUUAUGACAAUCACACCAUUAGGUGAAGAUGGCAAAGUCCGUGGUUAUCGUACACAUGCUAUUCCACUUAUGCCACAACCAAGCGCUGGCGUUAGCGGUGGUAAAUUAACAAUUGAACUUUUACCAUCAACAACUAGCUCAGUCUCAAGUGAUGUCAACACACCAGUUAUUAGCUCACAAAUUUCAACAAUUGAUCGUACAUCAAACUUUUACAUUCAAUUAGUUCCAUCAAAAUCAAUUCAAAAAUUCGAACGAUUACCAAUGUCAUACGUUGUUUUAACAAACGGUCGUAUUACAUUCACUGGUGAAUUUAUGAUGAUGCCAACAAAAGAAUGUGGAACACAAAAACGUUCAAUGAAACCAGAAGAAUCACGAGCACCAGUCUGCGUAUGGAAUGGUACUUUACCAAUUCAAAUUACACGUGAAAUGACACCAUAUUCAACAUUACUUGUCUAUACAUUUCAACCAUUACUUGGCAUCAAUGUUGCUGAAUCAUACCGAUUCUCAGUUGCUGGUCUUUUCAAAGCUCCAUUAACAUUAAAUGCAACAGUUGUUCCAUAUUCAACAAUUGAAUCAAUGGCUAACGAUGAAAUGACCGGAUUUUAUAAUGAUUUCAGUUCAUCUGAAGAUGCUGACCUUAAAUCAGUCUCAGUUUCAAACGGUGCUCAAGAUCGACGACGUGUUGAACUUUCAUUUACUGGUGCACCAGAAUCAAUUGUCGGAUUCAAUGUUGUUGAAUACGAUGCUGUUGUACAAGGUUUAUCAGGUGAAAUGACCAAAGAACGUGUACUUCAUUAUUUAACUCAAUAUGAACAAGUACCAAUUAUGGGUAUGCCAACAUUCGGAUCACCAUUAGAACACUCAGCUGAUUCACACAAACGCGAAUUUCCACUCCAUGAAAACGAAAGAAUGAAUGGAGAACGUCACGAACGACCAGAAGAAUUCCGUCGUCCAGAAUCAGAACACAAAGGAGAAUUCGAUGGACAUAAAGGUCUUCGAGCUGUUGUAAGCGAAGAAGAAGAAGAACGUAACAUGGCUCUCGAACAUACAGGAUAUAAAGUUCGUUACCCAAUUGAAAAAAUGAUCUUUGGUGUUGCUCCAACCCGUGGAUUAAAACCAAUUGAAGGUGAUGAUGUUUAUACAACAUCAAAUAUGGGACAAUUAUAUGGUGAUGUUCAAGGUCAACGAACACCAGAAACACGUUACCGUCGUCGUGGUGGAAAAUCAUCAGCAGGUCAAUAUGAUGUUACAGUUAGUGACAAUGACUUUGUUGUUGCAACAAGCAUUCCACUUGCAUUCAAAGCAACUACUAACCAACCAACAGAAAAACCAGUCGGUCAAGAUGAUGUCGAAGUUGGUCAACAAGGUUCACAAUAUGGUUCAUCAGCAUGGUACGAACGAAUGAACUCAAAAUUAUCAAAAAUCAGCCAAGAAGCAUUUACAUUUAUGCAAUCUGGUUUAACAAUUGUCUCUGAUUUUUCAUCAUUACGUAUUCCAAGUGAAAUGCGACGAACAAACUUAACUAACAUCUUCAUGGGAUAUAAACGACGAUCAGCUAUGGACUUUCAAUCAUUCAGCGUUCGUGAUGAAGCUCGUCAAUUACUCGACGAAUAUCUCGUAGAAUCUGGUUCAUCAAUGCUUCCACCAGCAAUCAUGCUUGAAGAACAAGCCCGUACUGGUUAUUACCGUUCAAUCUUCUUUAACACAAGCCGUAUUGAAGCCUCAGGUACCGGAAAAGUUGUUCUUCCACGAACAAAACCAUAUUCAACAUGGCUCGCUACUGGAUUUGCACUUAAUGGUAAAUCAGGUUUAUCAGUUGCUCAACCAAUUCGUCUUCCAACAAAUCAAGGUCUUUACAUUCUUGCUAACUUCCCUGAUCAAGUUCAAAUGGGUGAACACAUCCUUUUAACAUACGGUAUCAACAACUAUCUUGGUAAAGAUUUAAACAACUGUAUUGUACGUAUUCGUGCCUCAGCUGACUUUGAUCUUAUUGAACAAGACAAAUCAGAACGUAUUGCAUCAAGCAACGGUAAAGAUUAUACAAUUACAAUUCCAUCAAUUCCAAUUAAUGGUGUUGUUACACGUAACAUUGUUCUUGUACCAAAACGCGCUGGUGUUGUCAAGAUUUUACUUGAAGUUGAAUCUGAAUUCGGUGGUGACUAUGAAGUUUUAACAACAUAUGUUCGUGAAUCAGGUAUUGAACGUCGAGAAUUCUCAACACAUUUAUUUGAUUUAAUCAGUGACAAAAAAUCAUAUGGCCCAAUUGUUGAAAAAAUGACACCAUCACCAUUCCUCCGAUCAGUUCGAUUUGAAGUUUCAGGUACUGGUCUCGAUAAACUCGUUGAACGUUACACAACAGAAACAAGCGCAUUAGUUGGUGUUGAUCGUGCUAUCAUUCGUCUCUGGCGUUUACUUGGUCUUAGACGUUAUCUUAAUGAUACAUUACAAACUGAAUCACCACUCUUCAUGGAAGCCGCUGGUAAUAUGUCAUCAGCCUAUCAAAAACUUCAACUUUACAACAACUACAAUGGUUCAUACUCAUUUAUUUCUGAUCAAGGUGAACAAAAAUCAUCACUCUUCUUAACCACAUUAGCUUUCGGCAGUAUUAUGGCACCAUUUAUGCCAGUUCGUGAUUACGUUACAAUGAACCGUACAUUAUCAUGGAUUUUAUCUCAACAACGUGAAGAUGGUUCAUUCGAUGAUAUGGGUCCAUGUUUCCAUUAUCGAUUCUGUUCAGGUGAAUUCCGUCGUGAAUCAUUAACAGCUCUUGUCUUAUAUACCAUGACACGUCAUAACAUUUCACGAUUUGCUCCAGAAUUUGUUCGUCAACAAUUAUUCAUGGGUGAACAAAGUCCAAUCUUCCGUGCUCAACGUUAUUUAGAAUCACGUCUUGAUGCCGUUAAAUCAUGUUUAUUGACCACAUCAUUAAUUCAAUUAUCUCUUGUUCAAUGCCAAUCAUUACCAGCACCAAUGAGACAACGAAUUUUCGAUGAUGUUCGUAGCCGUCAAUUAACUGUUAUGCCAGAAGAUGGUUCAAAAUACUUUAAAUAUACAAGUGAAAAAAUGACAAUUGAAGAUGAAUUAUUACUUAAUUCAUUAAUGGUCUCACUCUAUGCUACAUUCGGUGACAUGAAAACAACAUCAGAUAUGGCUCGUUGGAUUGUUCAACAAAGUGCUAUCUAUCGAUUUGAUACAAUCUUAGAUGGUGUUUUUCUUACUGAAGCUUGGAUUAUGACUGAUUGUCUUUACCGUCAACGAUUUGAUCGAGAAAAAUUCUCAGUUAUUGUUGAUGUUACAACUGAUAAUGGACAAAAACAACAAUUCAAAAUUGACUCAAAAACUAUGGAUAUCACACAAAAAUUCCGAUUUAACUUACCAGUUAACACAAUCACCUAUUCAGUCAGUGGUUUCGGUUUCGUUGCUGUUACUAUUCGACAAAUCUUCAUUGAAAAACAACAACAAAUGGUUAAACCAGUACCAUUCACAUUAACAAAUGACUUUUUACCAAUGCCAUGGUUAAGCGAAAUUGUUACCAAAACAUGUUUAACAUAUACACCAACAGUUAAAGAUCAACAAUUCGCCAAAGAUACAUUCAACCGAACAGUUAUUGUUGAAGUUCAACUCCCAUCAGGUAUGCGUAUUAACCUUCGUCAAAUUGGAUUCUUCUUAAGCCGAGUUCCAGAAGCUAUGUACUUUACAUACAACCGACGAUGCAAUUCAAUCAGCUUCUUCCUUAAUGUUCCAUCAACAAUGUACGGUAAACAAAUCUGCCUUGAAUGGUGUCUUGAACGUUUAUCAUUCGUUUCAUCAUGGGCACCAAUUAAAAUCCGUGCUUAUGACUAUCUUGAUCAAGCAACCGAAUUAGUUCGUCUUAUGCCAAUGCAACUUCAACCAAAUCUUCUUGGAUACUCAUUUGUUGAUGCUGUUCACAAAGCCCGACCAACAGUUGAACAAUUAAAAAAAAUUCAAGAAACAAUGAUGACCAAAAAUAAACCAGUCAAUCUUUAA